UUAGACAAGUAAUAGCCACAUCUCCCGUUUGCUUGCUCGCCCAAAUCAAGCCUCUCUGUUCAAGUUCGUGUGCUGUUAGUUUCAGAGUAGAAUCUAAAUUCCAAACACAAAACCACUACCAAAAUGAGUUACUCGUGGGAUAAGCGUGUCGAAUUCAUCGUCAGUCACAUGUACGAUCUUGACAACAAUGGCUUCCUGGACAACAACGAUUUCCAGUGCAUGGCUCUCCGUGCCUCCGUCAUCGAGGGCAAGGGCGAGAUCAGCCCGGCCCGUCUGAACGAAUACAAGUUCAUCAUGAAGUCGCUCUGGGAUGAGAUCUCCGCCCUGGCCGAUUUCGACAAGGAUGGCAAAAUCACCACCGACGAAUUCAAACAGGCCGUCAAACAGACCUGCGUUGGUAAGGCCUACGCCGACUUCCCGAAGGCCAUGAAAGCCUUCAUUGACGCCCACUACAAGAUGAUGGACAUCAACAACGACGGUCUGGUCAGCAUAGAGGAGUACCGUUACAACUGCAUCACCAGAAUCGCCGUCGAUGACAUCAAGGUGGUCGAUGAUUCCUACAAAGCCCUGGUCAGCGCGGAGGACAACAAGAAAGGUGGAAUCACCCUGGAGAGAUACCAGGAGCUGUACGCCCAGUUCAUGGGCAACGAGGACCCGAAGUGCGCGGCCGUCUACCUGUACGGCCCAAUUCCAGAAUAAAUUGAUUCACCAACGAAACUCAUCUCCACCAAAAGAUCAACAUCUUCAACCCAUCUGCAGCUAAGGAAGAGAAGGAAGAACAUCAUUGACAAGAAAAAGACGUAGUUCUAACACCGUAAAAUAAUGUCGCAGACAUUCGAGAGCACUGCACUGCUCGCUAUCGAUGUUUUGAGCCGGACACCCUCCAGCAAAUGCCUCGCCCGGUCCGAAGCGCCGAUAGAGCUCCACCAGCCGGCGGUCGGCCGCGGUAAUGACGGCGGCGCCGGCAGCAGUGGCCGCUACUGCUUCUGCAGCGUUACAGUGCGUAAACCAACCCAAUUUAUGCUUAUAACAUAGAUCAGAUGCAUCAAUAGGAAAACUUGAGGCUCCCGAGGGACAACCGACAACCAGCAGAAAAAAAACGUUUUCCCUGUGGCAAGACUAGAACAACCUUUGAACAACGUAGCAAAACAUCGUCAUUAGUAUACAAGAACGGCAAACAACAACAACGCCACAGAAACACACAAAGCGGGUAGCACCACACGCAUCUCAUCGCAAAAACUGUGUUUUAAAUCAACUUCUUCUCUCUACGGGCCAUCUGUAGACUCGAAAACUAAAACAUCUCACCACCAACAGACAGACUAGCGCGCUUUUGGUGGCAAAAGGGAAGCCUUUUCCGCCCAGACACGCUUGUGGCACAGGUUUUGAGACACGCAAACACCGAAGAACCGUGUCGUUGCAUGUUGUACAGCAUAGAUGAAGAAAGCAGAAGCCAAAAAACAAAGCGUAGAAGAUUCCCGUGCCAACCGCGGAAACGGGAACGCGUUAGGCAAGUGAAUGUUAUCUAAUUUGUACGGACGGAGCGCGCGCGCGGCAGAAGUCUUCGUAGACGUAGACGCAAAGAAACCGCGAAAGGAAUGGAUUUUUAUUAAUAAAACAAAAUUCAUUUACCAAUCAAAAGACCUAGAAAGAUCGAACGAUCGAACUGUACCGCCGACUGUAGAGAAAGCGUGUCGAACAGACCCGGCAAACUUACCGGUUCUCGAUCGCGAGUGACUUCGCCCCUAACCGACCGACCGUCACCUGCCUAACUAAACCAGCCAAAGUAUACGCGAAACAAGUCCCUCGAAUUUUGAAAGGAGCAUUAACACCAUAAGAAACGCUACUAAGCAAACCCGGACACAGGCAGUUCACUUAAAUCGUCAGUGAAACCCCUUCACAGAGGGCGGGGCGCGCUGGGAAAACGGGGAUCGCCUCACUAUUUGCCACAUUUGGCACUACACUUUAUCCCACUGAACAGUGGGGAGACCGUCGGCCGUCAGGGCCGAAUGGAAUGAACCGAAUGCUACCAUCUUUUUCCCCGAUCCGUACACGGACACACGCAUUUGUGCCGGGACAAUACUUUCAUUCUAUCGCCCAUUAUCGCGUUGGCGGCUGCAUCUCACCGUGUCCAGCCGUGUCGGUGAAGCUGUGCCAAAGUGUCCAAUAGAAACGCGUAACGUUUGGCGGUUUCCGCUACCUGCACGCAGCCCUCUUGUGUCCGGAGUAGCCUUUUUCCUCCGAAAGCUUUUCAUUCUCAUAGGAAAAGCCUUUUUGGAAGGUUAUAUUUAUUUACUUUUUUCAUCCGUAGCUCUCUAACUACUGCUAAAGCGCCGGCCUGGUCAGAUGUGCUGGCCCAAGGCGCGAAGAAAGGGUGAAGCAAAAUUAUGACCAACUUCCCGCCGUGUUGUGUCCGACGGCGCACGUCUCGUGACCAACGUGAACAAACACGAAACGGAAAGCUACCGAGCUUUGCAAACGUUAUCGCAGCUUUUGAGUUCUUUUUGAGUAGUGCCCGACACGCACUCGAAACCAAUUUGUACAUAGUACACACCUAGCUAUCCUUGCUCACCCAGCUUAGCUUUUUCCGUUGUUGUCCUUUUUUCUCCGCGAGCUACCGAAAAAUGGGCCCACAUCCUUGGCCCCUUUUUCUGGAGUCGGUAAU